CGGCGGCUGCGGAGCACUGGCCCUGUCCUUCCAUCUGCCCAGAGAGGAGCAUCCGGAUCAAGGUGCUGGCCAUGUCCCAGCUGGUGGAAUGCGUCCCCAACUUUUCGGAGGGGAAGAACCAGGAGGUGAUCGACGCCAUCUCUGGAGCCAUCACACAGACCCCGGGCUGCGUGCUGCUGGAUGUGGGCGCAGGCCCUUCCACCAACCGCACCGUGUACACCUUCGUGGGGCCGCCGGAGUGCGUGGUGGAGGGGGCCCUCAACGCUGCCCGGGUAGCUUCCCGACUUAUCGACAUGAGCAGGCACCAAGGAGAGCACCCCCGCAUGGGGGCCCUAGACGUCUGCCCCUUCAUCCCCGUGAGGGGCGUCAGCAUGGACGAGUGUGUGCUCUGCGCCCAGGCCUUUGGCCAGAGGCUGGCAGAGGAGCUGGACGUGCCAGUUUACCUGUACGGCGAGGCGGCCAGGAUGGACAGUCGCCGGACCCUGCCGGCCAUCCGGGCCGGGGAGUACGAGGCCCUCCCUAAGAAGCUCCAGCAGGCCGACUGGGCGCCCGACUUUGGUCCCAGCUCCUUUGUCCCCAGUUGGGGGGCCACGGCCACGGGGGCGAGGAAGUUCCUCAUUGCUUUUAACAUCAACCUGCUCGGCACAAAGGAGCAAGCCCACCGCAUCGCGCUCAACCUGCGGGAGCAGGGCCGCGGGAAGGACCAGCAUUUCCAUACUGCUGGGAAACAGCGACUUCCGGAGUCCCAGGUGCCCUCAGGGGCCCCCCAUAUCCCUCCAGAUGCCUUGGGAGCCCCGACACCCCUACAAACCUUCAGGUGCCCCCAGGCCUUUCCCUCCACGUCUGCACAGCAGUGGUCACCCAGUCUGAGCGUCACUCCUGCGCAGAUGCCAGGACGUCUGAAGAAGGUUCAGGGCAUUGGCUGGUACCUGGAUGAGAAGAACCUGGCUCAGGUGUCCACCAAUCUUCUGGACUUUGAGGUCACGGCACUGCACACGGUCUACGAGGAGACCUGCCGAGAAGCACAGGAGCUGAGCCUCCCAGUGGUGGGCUCACAGCUGGUGGGCCUGGUGCCCCUGAAGGCUCUGCUGGAUGCGGCCGCCUUCUACUGCGAGAAGGAGAGCCUCUUCAUCCUGGAGGAGGAGCAGCGGAUCAGGCUGGUGGUGAGCCGGCUGGGCCUGGACUCCCUGUGCCCCUUCAGCCCUAAGGAGCGGAUCAUCGAGUACCUGGUCCCUGAGCGCGGGCCUGAGCGAGGCCUGGGCAGCAAGUCCCUGCGCGCCUUCGUGGGGGAGGUGGGUGCCCGCUCUGCGGCCCCCGGGGGCGGCUCGGUGGCGGCGGCCGCUGCGGCCAUGGGUGCGGCGCUGGGCUCCAUGGUGGGCCUCAUGACCUACGGGCGGCGCCAAUUCCAGUCCCUGGACACGACGAUGCGGCGCCUGAUCCCGCCCUUCCGCGAGGCUUCGGCCAAGCUAACCACGCUGGUGGAUGCCGACGCCGAGGCCUUCGCCGCCUACCUGGAAGCAAUGAGGCUGCCCAAGAACACACCUGAGGAAAAGGACAGGCGCACGGCGGCCCUACAGGAGGGUCUGAGGCGGGCAGUCUCUGUGCCGCUGACGCUGGCGGAGACGGUGGCCUCGCUAUGGCCGGCGCUGCAGGAACUGGCCUGGUGUGGGAACCUGGCCUGCCGGUCAGACCUCCAGGUGGCGGCCAAAGCCCUGGAGAUGGGCGUGUUUGGCGCAUAUUUCAACGUGCUCAUCAACCUGAGGGACAUCACAGACGAGGCAUUUAAGGACCAGAUCCACCAUCGUGUUUCCAGCCUCCUGCAGGAAGCCAAGACCCAGGCUGCACUGGUGCUGGACUGCUUGGAGACCCGGCAGGAGUGACGGUGCGGGAGGCCUCUCCGGGCUCUGUGGCCCCUCCCUCGCCCAUCCCCAGAGGGCAGAGCUGUGACCUCGGUGGGGGACACAGCUUGUUCGUGUGGGGCCCGGAGGAUGGGUGGGCAGGCAGCAGGGCAUCGCCUGGGAAUGGAGGCGCUGGCAGGGACAGAAGGCCCCUUAGUCCCAUGUGAUCUCCAGUAAAGUUUUGGCACCAAA